CUAGUGCAGGUGUUGCCCGGGGAUGAGGUGUCGAGGAAGGCUGGCACUUCUCCCCACACGCCCCCGCUCCAAGCACAGAAGGCUGCGGGAGCCGCCCGGCCCGGGAGCCGCCCGCACGGCCCAGCCCGGCCAGCGGCCGCCCCCGCACAGGCAAAGAGGGAGCCGAGCGGCGCUGUCCUCGGGUAAUAACAUCACUCGGGCCCGGCCAGGGGAGAGGUCGGGUCAGGAUGCUCCAGUCGCAGGAGGAAAAGGAGGAGCUGGACUAAGGGCCCGAAGAGAAGAAAAGGGGAACACCAGGGACCGAGGAAAAGGCCGGGCGAGGUAAACACUCGGCAGUCUGUCGCACCGGGGAGCCGGGCCCGAGCCCGAGCCCAGUCUCGCAGGGACCCGGGGCGCACAGCGCCGAGGACAGCGCGGCGGCUGCCUGAAGCGCACCAUGCGCCGAUCCGCCGCCGCGGGUCCCGUCUACACCGCCGCCUGGGUUACGUGGCCCGGGCGGGUCGGUCGCUGCCGCGGCAGGGGGGCGGGCGCCGGGGCAGGGGCGCGCGGGGCCGCGGGGAGUUGCGAGCCUGUGACCGCCGCCGACCUUGCUCUCUGCGCGCUGCGCGGGGCCCCGAGCGCGGGAGCCGCCCACUGCCCCCCCGCGCUCGCCCCGCUCCGGGGCGCCCGCCCCCUAUAUAGCGCGCCCCUGCGGGGCCCGCGCCAGGCCGCCAGCCACGGAGUGGGUGCGGGACAGUGCGCAGCGCCUCGCAGCCAGCCCUCUGCCCCCAACCCCAACGCCGCCACCGCCGCUGCAGCCUCUGCCCCGACGGGCGCCCCCAGCCGCGGCCGUAGCCCCCGGGCCCAGGUGGCCACCAUGAAGAAGGAGGUGUGCUCUGUGGCUUUCCUCAAGGCCGUGUUCGCUGAGUUCUUAGCCACUCUCAUCUUUGUCUUCUUUGGCCUCGGCUCAGCCCUCAAGUGGCCUUCGGCGCUGCCCUCCAUCCUGCAGAUCUCACUGGCCUUUGGCCUGGCCAUAGCCACCCUUGCCCAGUCCCUGGGGCCUGUGAGCGGCGGCCACAUCAACCCAGCCAUCACCCUGGCCCUCUUGCUGGGCAAUCAGAUCUCACUGCUCCGGGCUGUCUUCUACGUGGUGGCCCAGCUGGUGGGUGCCAUUGCCGGGGCAGGCAUCCUCUACUGGCUGGCACCACUCAAUGCCCGGGGCAAUCUGGCCGUCAAUGCGCUCAACAACAACACAACCCAGGGCCGGGCCAUGGUGGUAGAGCUGAUUCUGACCUUCCAGCUGGCACUCUGCAUCUUCUCCUCUACUGACUCCCGCCGCACCAGCCCUGUGGGCUCCCCGGCCCUGUCCAUCGGACUGUCUGUCACACUGGGCCACCUUGUUGGAAUCUACUUCACUGGCUGCUCCAUGAACCCAGCCCGCUCUUUUGGCCCCGCAGUGGUCAUGAAUCGGUUUAGCCCCUCACACUGGGUCUUCUGGGUGGGGCCCAUUGUGGGGGCUGGCCUGGCUGCCAUCCUCUACUUCUACGUGCUCUUCCCCAAUUCUCUGAGCCUGAGUGAACGUGUCGCCAUCAUCAAGGGCAAGUAUGAGCCUGAAGAGGACUGGGAGGAGCACCGGGAAGAGCGGAAGAAGACCAUGGAACUGACUGCCCGCUGACCAGUGUCAGGCAGGGGCCAGCCCCUCACCCCCUGGACCACAGCGGGGGGAAAAGAAAAAAAUGACAGCAAAGCUUCCUUCCCCGUGGUUGGUCCUAUCGGCUGAGGAGGAGGUGCAGUCUCCCCAGGCUGCAUAGCUAGAGAUGGGAGCAGGAACCUAUGAUGGGACUCUUGGGUUGGGGGCCCGGGGCUGGGGUCUGGUGGGGAGGAGUCUCUCUGGAACAGGGCAGACUGCAGUGCUGUGAGGUUAGACCUCAGAUUGUGAAAGCAGCACCAGGCUCACAGGCUGCCCCAGGCACAGGCCAGAAAGGGCUGGUCUGCAGUCUGCCUCCCCGACCCUCCCCAACCCCUCCUCAAGAGCCAUAGGGAUCCCAGCCACUAGGUGGGCAGAAGCGGACCCUCCCUCAGAGCUGCUUAGGAGGAAGAUAGACUGGCUCACUGAGUGCCACCUUAUUUAUUUCCAGUAGAGGAUGGAUGGAGUGGGGCUGCUGGUGUUUGGAGUGGGAGCUUUCCAAUAAACUGCUGAUACUCAUGUUA